GUUCAGUACUGUGGCUUGCUGUUUCGCCAUGAGGGCUGGCCCCUAUGUAUUCACGAGAAGAUUGUAGUCCAGCUGGCUUCCAUUGACUGGCGAAUCUUGAAGCCUGGUGACUUCUACCUGCAGGUGGUCCCCUAUCUGAAGAAGUCUCCACGAAUUGUAUUGAAAUGUUUGGCAAAAGACAAGCAUAAUGUAGAGGAAGUCGUGAUUCCAGAAGUUUCCUAUACCUCUAUUUUUACUCUGGAAUGGUUGAAUACUUUCAAUGGAGAGCGGAUGGGUAUAGCACUGGAAAAUUGUUUACUAACCACUGAUGAUAAAAUAUUUCGUGUCCCCUGGGAUAAAGUGGUUAAACCUGAAUUUAUAAAUAAGCCAAAAAUAAUUGAAAACAGUAUCAUCUCUCCAGAAAUAACAGAGGAACGUUCCAUUUUGUGCCUCCCCAUGGACCAUGCUGAGUGCAGUUCACCAGACCUAGGAUCUCAGUAUCUACAGGAACAAAGUCCAAAUCAAGACAACCUGGUCAUUAGCAGCACAGCUCCGCAGUUAAGUGAAGCUCUUGUCAAUGGUGUCUGUACAAGUCCCGUGCCUCAAGAGAACUUGAAAAGUGACCUUGAAGGGGAGUACGUUGAGCUGACAGAAGUUUCGCUGCCCAGGUUUGGGCCACAAACAGGCUCUUUAACCCAGUCGUUAGCUUUAAAUUAUCUAACUCAGCCCAGAACACGAGGGAAUGCGUCUAAAGGUAAGCACAGGUUUAUUGUCAUCCAAGACAGUACCUACUCCAAGAACUUAAUUCAGUCAGCACUGAUGCAGAAGGAGCACUGUCAAAUAGACACUCUGAGGACUUCAUCUACAGAAGUUCUCAAAAAUGUAAUUCCGUUGGAAAGCAACAAAAUGAUGGCACAUGGAGAACUGUCUCCAGAAGGUCAUCUGAUAUCAGGUGGUCCUGGAAACAUGGGGAAUAGCUUUUCUGUGGCCGAGUCUCCUGCCUGCAGUGCAGAAGAUUCAUCUGCAGAGCCGGAGACCCGCAGCGAACACUUAAUUGGUUGGCAAUACGCUCUGUGCAGCUACAGCGACGUGUGUGCUGGAGACAGUGUCAACUGCAAAGCACAAAUGCCUGGUGCUCCUGGAAACAUGGAAGGAGAAAGUGAUGGUCCUAGUGGAAAUCCUGGUGUUGAAACAUCAGAGCAGAGCCCAGAAACGAUUCUAGAUGCUACUCUUGCUAAAGAGGAGGUGAUACUGAGAGUACAUGGGGAGCCACUGAACGAGGGUCAAAAUGAGGUGACACAGAUGGCUGCCUCUCUUCUGUCUGCCCUAGGGCCUCUGGGACCACAUUGCACACCGAAGGAAGGUUCUGAUGUUUCUUGCCAGAGUGUCAGUGAAAGCAUUGCUCCAGUCCAAGCCACUACCUUGCUUAUCAUGCCUGAGAGUUCAGAUGUUGGUGUGGAGAGAGGCUGUCCUUCAGGGAACGCGGCAGAUGUAGGAGCAGUUGGCGCUUGCUGCAGCGAUCAGGAUGCAAAUCUUCGUUCUCUGUUAAAUCCUCCUGAACAGAACCAAGGAGAAGUAGACGAAUCUGAGCUGGGAAGAAGGGACAGCCCAGGGAAAGUCAAAGAGACUGAACAAAUAUUGACUGUAAAUGAGAAUCAGACUAGUCAUAGUCCCUGUUCUGUCAAAGCUCCUACAGAUGGACUGUUGUCAGAUGGUGAAGAGCAAGAGGUCUCUGCCUGUCAGCAUAAGAAAGCUGAAGAAGCCAUACUACUGCAAACUGCUCUGUCAGCAGAGGGUGAUCAGGCAGCAGAACAAUUAAAUGACAGUGACUCUUUGAUGGGCCCUGAUGCACAAGCAGAAGGCUCAAGUCCAUUCAGAACCCAGAGGUGUGAGGAACCGCAAAAAUGGGCAGAAAACCAGGGCCAUAAAAGUGAAGAGAACUCUGUGCUGAACCUGGAGUGUGUUGCAGUACAGGACUUGCAGGGAGGGGAGGAGGGCCAAGGGAGUUUUUCUUACGGGGAAAAGUCAAAGACUUUAGCCUUAAAAACACUGGAAUCCAUUGAAGAGGAACUGGAGGUUGGACCACUGUCCUCAGGACCUGCUGAGGGGCACACAGAGCCCACCACUCUGCACCCCGACCAAGAGGCAGCUUCUGGGGCACCAUCUCCUACAG